AUGACCAAUUACUCUAGGUCCCCUUCUAGGUCAUCAUCAUCACGCCAGCUUAGUGGGGGGGAGCUUUUUGCCCGCCCCCAGUCUGCUAUACGGCUUCCAUCUAGAUCACGGCCCUCGCUGUCAGUGAACGGCACUGCGGCUCAGAAAAUACCUCCGGAGGCUGCAGAGACCCCCUCAAACUUAAAGCGGCCUUCCAUAAGGCUAGGUGUGAAUCCUGCUGUGACGCCGGUUACACUAAAAUCCCAUGCAACUCCGAAUAAUACUUUCGGAAAAUCAGAUAUAGAGACCCGGCAGCAAACUCUCCAUGUGAAAAAAACACGGAAAACGCCGACAAAGAUACCGCCACCACCACAUUCAAAGCCACUUCCAACCUCGAAGUCACUAUCGGCUAAUUCUACAGCACCAGAACUAACACCGGACCAACAGUCCGAGUUAGAGAUAAGGAAAGCGUCAAAAUCUUCAAAUGCUUUACGAGAAAGCAUUGCAAAGGCCAAGGCCGCUCGAAAGGCUGCAGUCCAGAAUAAACCUAAGCCUCCUUCUAAUGGCACCUGGGAGAAUUUUGAUAUUGAAGACCCAUUUAACCAGCAAUCUGAAGAUCCGAAUAAAGGCAUCCUAAGAAAGCGUAUUGAAGCUGGUCGUACGUCUGGACAUCUGAACAUUGCGGCCUUGUCCUUGAUAGAGCUUCCAAAAGAAGUCUUGUCCAUGUAUGACUUUGACCCUGAAUCUUCCGUUGGCUGGUAUGAAAGCGUUGAUCUUGUCAAAUUCAUUGCUGCGGACAAUGAGUUCACGGAGCUACCAGAUGCUGCCUUCCCCGAUAUAGAUCUGAACAAGCUAGACCCAAAUGUUGAUGAGAACGGAAACCAAUUUGGAGGACUUGAGCACCUAGACUUACACGGGAAUUUACUGCACACUCUGCCAGUUGGCUUUAGAAGACUGCAGCGACUGCACACCCUGAACCUUGCAAACAAUAAUCUAACUAUGCAAGAAAUACUUGUUGUCAUGGAAAUGGAGUCUCUCCGGGACCUCAGUUUAGCGAAGAACCAAAUACAGGGCUCCUUUACCCCAGAUAUUAAGAACCUCAGAAAUCUUGAAGUCUUGGACCUGCAUGACAAUUCAAUUACUGGUCUUCCUGAGGAUCUCAGAAUGCUUAAAUUUCUCCGAGUCUUGAGUGUUGGUAAUAAUCAGCUUGUUUCCUUGCCAUUUGAAGCUCUAAGCGAGCUGCCAUUGAAGGAUCUCAGUGCUGCGAGGAACAAAUUGAACGGAGUUUUGAUACCCGCCUCUGUACAGAAACUUGAGACCCUACAGAAUUUGGACGUAGCCAGCAACGCGCUGGCAAAAUUUUCGGAGAACGGAAAUAUCGAGCUUCCCAACUUACAAACUCUAACCAUCAGUAUGAAUCGCAUCCAGAGCUUGCCAGAUAUUUCUCAGUGGCAAGCACUUCUGACUUUGUAUGCGGAGGAUAACCAAAUAUCCGAAUUUCCACAAGGCUUUGUUGACUUGAGGAAAAUCAAGAGCGUUGACUUCACGGGCAAUGAUAUCUCGAAGGUUGAUGAAAAGAUUGGUUUGAUGGAAAGUCUUGUCACGCUUCGAAUAUCCAACAAUCCUCUUAGGGAACGAAAGUUCCUCAGCAUGAAUACGGAAGACCUGAAGCGGCAGCUGCGAAUCCGGUGCGAGACAGAAGUUCAAGAUACUGACGAUGAAGAGGGAUCAGUUGCUACACAGUUUACACUAGCGCCAGAAACUCCAAGUCAAGCGCCAACUUGGCACGUCAAGCCGGGGGGAAUUCUCGAUAGGUCAUACACUAAUAUGCAAGAACUAGAGGUCGACAAACUAAGCCCGAUAAACUUCCACGAAGUCAAGUGCUUGUAUUUGCAGCAUAAUGAGCUACGGUGCUUCCCAGCUCCAGUACUUAGUGUACUUGCAAACAAUUUGACUGACCUCGACCUUUCAUACAACCCGCUGGAUACUGAUUCCUUGCUCAGCUCGUCUCUCACUCUGCCAAAUCUCCAGACUCUCAACCUGGGCGCCACAAGAUUGACUACCCUUGACCCAAUACUCAACAAUUUAGUGGCCCCGUCCUUAUCAUCCCUUGACGUUUCCUAUAAUCGUCUCUUUGGGUCUCUUCCUCCAGUGCGCCUGAGCUACCCAAACUUGAUGACAUUACUUGCGGCGGAUAAUUGCAUCGAUAGACUGGAUUUCGACGCUGUGCAAGGCAUCCAGGUUCUAGACGUGGGGAACAAUAAUAUCGCAUCGAUUCCACUGAAAAUCGGUCUACUAAGAGCCGAGGGGUCCAGCAAGAACUGGGGUGGUGGAUCAGCUUUGAGAAGGUUCGAAAUUGCAGGAAACAGCUUUCGGGUACCCCGAUGGCAAAUUGUCGCCAAAGGGACCGAUGCUAUUCUUGAAUGGCUGAAGGACCGGAUACCUGCCGAAGACCUUUGCCAGUGGGAAUCAGAUAUUGGGCCAAGCUAA